GGCGGGCGGUGACGUCUGCGGGUAGCAUUGAUAGCUGGGGCCCCCGCUCUCCGAGAGCACAAUGAGCCGGCGAGCGGUAGCGGCUGGGAGACGGGGGAGCUCCGCGGCUGCAGCGCACAAAGCGGCGCAAGGACAAUGAAGGCGUUGCUGUCUCUCAGCCGGGUCGCUCGCACGACACUCAGGGGGCUGACAAAGGAGGCGCCGGCCAACUACAGACUGGCAGCAAGCAUAGCGGAAUCUCAGCCUUACUUUGGCCUCCUUGUUGACAUUGAUGGAGUGUUGGUGCGAGGAAAAACCCCCAUACCAGCUGCCAGGAAAGCUUUCAAGAAGCUGGUGAAUGUUAAAGGAGAAUUUUUAAUGCCCGUGGUGUUUGUCACAAAUUCAGGAAACUGUGUUCGACAAGUAAAAGCCGACCAAUUAACUCGCGUAUUGGGAGUGCCUAUUUCUCAGGAUCAAGUUUUGAUGUCUCACAGCCCAUUGCGAAUGUUUAAACGUUACCAUGAUAAAUGUGUACUGGUCUCGGGGCAAGGCCCAGUCAUGGAGAUUGCUAAAAGCAUUGGGUUUACCAAGAUUAUUACCAUAGAAAUGUUGCGAGAGGCAUUUCCCUUGUUGGACACGAUGGAUCAUGAUAGGAAACCUGCAUUAUCGCCAUCUCUGCCUGUGAAGCUUCCUAAUAUUGAAGCCAUUAUCCUGUUAUGUGAGCCUAUCCAGUGGGAAACACAUCUCCAGUUGAUUAUCGAUGUCCUCUUGACUGCUGGAAACCCAGAGAACAUUCCUCAGAAGUUGCAGUACCCUCACAUUCCUGUUGUGGCUUGCAAUACCGAUUUGCUGUGGGUAGCAGAGAGCAAAUCACCAAGGUUCGGUCAUGGAAUAUUUGUACUGUGUCUUGAAAACAUUUACAAGAAAAUCACUGGCAAAGAUCUUAAAUAUGAGCUGUUAGUAGGAAAACCAAAUGAAAUAACCUAUCAUUAUGCAGAGUGUCUCAUAAGGGCUCAAGCUGCUGGAAGAGGAUGGCGGAAACCUAUUCACACACUUUAUGCCAUUGGGGAUAAUCCAAUGACUGACAUCUACGGUGCUAAUCUAUACAACCGCUACCUUGAAGAGGCAUCUUCUAGAAAAGGCUCAUGGUUACAAGCUAAAGCUGCUGCAGGAAAACAAACAGCCACAGUUUCCCAAGAUGAGGCAGUGGAUGUAAUAGCAAGUGAACUGACACCAGGUUCUGCUACUUGCUGCAAGUCUGUGCUGGUUUGCACAGGUGUGUACAGUCCCUCUAAAGGUGCUUUAGUCAGCCCAGAGGAACUUACCACAGGGGCUGUAUUUCAUGGGCACAGGGACUUCAGGUUUGACGCUGAUUUAUCUGAUCCAGACUAUAUUGUACCAGAUAUUGAUUCUGCUGUGGAACUAAUCUAUGAACUGGAAAGAUAUGUGCCUAAGUAACCUUUUUAAAGGAAGUAAGCCUCUACUUAUAUGCCAAGCUUACAACUGGACCUAGGAAAAAACGGAUUUUAAAAAAUUAUAAAAGCAAGUUGCCAAGUUCAGUCCAAACAGACACCAAAUUGUCUAUUAUACUGUGUACACCUGUAUUUAUCAAUAACCCCGCCCUAACAUAAGUCUCAGUUUGGAAUAAUUGUGGCAAACUGUUAACUUUUUUUUCUAAUGGCCAUUCAGUGAGAUCAGGUUCUGAGCUGUGUAACUUG